GUAAAAUCUGAAAUUUUAAAGAACAUUUGUCUUUUGGUUUCUGUCACAGAGGAAGUUUUCUCAGCACUUUUUCUGAAGUCGGGAUCUGGAAAAUUCACAUGAUGAGCCAUCCAGACGGCCACGACGAAGGUGAAGCUCCAGCCUCCCAACAAUGCUCAGGGGCAGAUGGAAGGUCAAAGGUCACAUCAGAGAGAGUGGCCCUGCUGGUUGUCAGUGUCCUCCUGGCAGCUGCUGUCAUUGUUAUCUGCCGUCUCUCUGUUGCUAACAUUCAAACCAAGAAAAGUCUCCAGACACUAAGAGAUGAGCAUGAAGCUGUAAUAAGAAAUCUCACAGCUGAGACAUGUCUGAAAUGUCAAGAAGGCUGGGAGGAACAUGGAGGACACUGCUAUUAUUUCUCCACCAAUCGUUCACCCUGGAAUAGGAGCAGAGAAGAAUGCCGACGUAAAGGAGGAGAUCUGGUUCAGAUAGACAGCACAGAGGAGCAGUCGUUCCUGGCGAUGAAACUGCGAGACAAGAUGAGCUUUCCUGAGGACAGGUUCUGGAUCGGACUGACAGACUCACAGGAAGAGGGUGCAUGGUUGUGGGUAGAUGGCUCACCGCUGAACAUCAGAUUGGCAUUUUGGAGUGACAGACAGCCAGACGACUGGAAAGGGGAGGAUAAAGAUGGAGAGGACUGUGCAAGGAUGGGAGAGAAAGGAUCAUCACACCCGAACUCUUGGUUUGAUAAGUCCUGCAAAAGGUCUCAGAAAAGCAUUUGUGAGAAGCAAAAAUGUGGGGGAGUAAAAUAAUCUGGCGUUCAAGUGGACUGCAGGGACACAGAGCGGUGUUAUAUUUAAUAAAGAUCAUUCAGUCAUGAUGCAGGUUUAGCCAGCUUGAUCUUCUUGCUUUUUGCAACAAUAUAAACUCACACAUUUUUUAAAAUUUUGUCACAGACCACGUGAGUCACAAAGGAGUUUUAGACUGUCUGGUAUGUUGUGUUCUAUCUUUGCUCUUUUUCUGGUGGAUUAGAUGAAGCGUUUACAAAAAACGGUUUGACCGAAAAAGGACUGGAAACAUCUAUUGUUAAAAAAAAAUAUUUCGUUGGAUGAAUGAAUAAUUAAAAUGUCACCUUUAAUUAACUUAUUGGUUUGCUGGUGUCCUGAGCAUACAGGUGGAGAUCGUAUAAGUGGAUUAUGCUGUGGUGCAGGUUGUAGAAGAUUUGAUGGACAUUGUAAAGCACAAUUGACCAAUAACAGAAGUGCAAGUUUUACAGCUUUUUGAAAAUAGACAAAUGUUUUAUACUUAAUAGAAAGAGAUUAUUGUCUCUUAAACUUAAGGUAGAUAAAAGUUUCCCUGCAAACAAAACUUGAACUUCUUAGGAAUUUGUUUUAGUAAUAAACCACAAACAUAAACUAACCACAAGGGGGCGGAAAAAUCACUUUUACAUUUAUGCAGGAUUAUCUUAUUAUUAUUAUCUGUAUUAAUAUUGACUUUGGAGACAACAGUAGGCCAUAUCAUCAGGUCAUAUAUAUCAAGUGUGCUGAUUAAUAAUCACCUUAUUUUGUGUACAUGCACUAUAGCAGCACAAUAUGCAACGACAUCUGUCCCUGAUGCUCUAGUCCAUUUUAUUCUUUGCUCUGCUUCACACGUGAGAGAUGGAGCAGGCCCAUUGCUGUACAUGAAACAAACACAUUCAUUUUAUUGCUAAAGAAUCAGAAUCAGCUUUAUUGGCCAUACAAGGAAUUGGACUCAGUUGUUUUCAUGGCUUUCUGUGCUUCCCCAGGAAAAGACAGAACAGCUAAGAACAAGGACAACAAAGCUGAACAAACAAAGGCAAGGAACAGAAAGGACUAUUAUAAAAAGUACCAAUGACCAACAACAUGAAUAAAAUGUCUCUAUAAGUGAAGUGUUAUUGUAUAUAAUAUUCUAAACUAGAUGAAGUGAUCGGGGUCCAAGCAGAUUUCGAGCAUUUGUGCACUUCUGUCUUACUCAUUGUGGUCAUCACGAUAUGCUGGUGCUCCGCUGAGGCAGAUAAAUCUACCUUCAGAGACAUUUGUUUAUGAGCUUCAGUGCAGACGUGCUUCACACAACUCCACCUGCUGCUGGUUCUGAUAAAAAAGCAUUGGCUUGGUUUGAUGUAUCCGCAUCAGUAAAAGCUGUGUGUGCAACCCUGUGCUGAAAUCAAUUCCUCUCUGGUAAUAAACUGAAAUGUUUUGUAUUGAAACAGAUCUGGAAAGUGUUAAAAUCAACCAGACACACUAUAGUUGUCUGAGGGAGACUAGCUGGAAACAGCAGUAACUUCUGUAAUGAAAAGGCCCAGCUAAAAUGGAUUUGACCCAUCCAAUCCUGAAUGACAACAGACUGUUUAGGCGUUUCACUGGGGAGCCAAUAAUAUGUAGUUUCAGCUGAUACAAAUAAAUAGCAAAAUCAAGUAUAGAAAUACUCUAUUACAAGAAAAAGUCCAUCAGUAUUUGCAUAAAAAAAAGCAAAAGUAACAUUCAUUAUGCAAAAUGGCCCAUUUCAAAAAUAAUAAAUAGUACAUCAUUGGAUUAGAAUUAACCAAUUGGAAAUUACAUUUCUGUUUGAAAAUGUGUCUUUUUAAUUAUUUGUGCAUAGCUGUAGAUGUGUAACUCAGACUAAUGUUCUGCUGGUUAACAGAUAAUAAGAUCACGAGUUGUUAUAAAUGAACAAGAUAGAUAGCCUGUGAGAUCUUGUGAUGAACUUUCAUCAUUUCAUCAUCAGAUUCUUUGGCCAUCCUGACUAGUUACGGUUGCUAGGUUCUCUGAGCGCUUCGGUUUCCUUCCACUAUUACAAAUAAAUUCAAUGACAACAAAAACAAAUCGAUUGGAAAUUGCAUUUCUGUUUGAAACUUUCUUUUCUUUCUUUGCUGCAUAACUGUAGAUGUUUGAUUCAGACUGAUGUUCUGCUGGUUAAAAGAUAAUAAGAUAAUGAGUUGUUAUGAAUAAACAAAGUAGACAGAUAACUGUCAGUGCUGUGCCAUCCGUUUUUAGAAGACAACAUAAAACCAGAAUCAGCAGCAGUUCAGUCAUGAUGUGAGCUGCCUCUGUCCGAGGUGCUCAAUGUUUCUCAGCUCUUUCUUCUGCUUUUUGGUUUCAGUCAGAAGAAUCGAUUUUAUCGGCAAGUAGGUUUUCGGAUAGGAUAAAUUGGCCUUGGCGUUUUGGUGCAUAACGAUAAAUAUGGAAGUGAGACAAUAUAAAAAAUGAGUACUGCAGGUUAAGAUGCACCAACAGGAAAUAAGAUAUUGACAAAAAAAACAUGAACACUGUUGACACUCAGGGUUUGGCUUGCAUAUAUUUAAUCAUACUAAAACUGAUCAAACCUGAUCU